AUGUACCUUGCUACCAUCCAUCUCACGAUGAUCUUCCCACUAUCCAGCCUCAUACUAGCAGCACCCGCCACCUCCAUCUCCUUUGAUCCCCCGACAAUCACCUCUGAUCCCACAAAACCCAUCCUUGCCACCGACACACAUACGCUCUGUGUAUCCGACCCAUACCUCACAAGCUCAGGCUUCGCCGUUCCCCCUUCACCAGGCUCUGUCAUACCCACACCAGAUGAGCAGCAGGAGGUUCCUGGUUUUGAUACGACAACCGCGACUGCUCCAGCUAGCCAGAUAAACCCAGCUAGUUCGACAGGGGUGGCUACGGCGUCUUCGCAAUCCAAACUCGAAAUCCCGAUCUCAGUUACAGAAGACAUAUCUGUAUCUGGUAUACCCUGGAGAACUCGGACGACUAUAUUAUCUACGAUAUCCAUGACCAUAUCCAUUGCCGUCUUCAAAUGCUACAUGGCCGGUCUCUCAGGCUUCUUUAGUGUCAAUGGCAUCGGAGUUCACUUGGCCUACGACUCCUUUUACACUACCAGGGGGUUGGGGUACUACGAUGGGGAUGAGUAG